GUGACGUAUUUCCGCCCCCGCCCUCUUUUCCUUUUCCGCUCCUCGUGGAGGCACCGGCGGGUUUUCGUCCCCCCCGGUGGUGGUCGACCACGACAGUAGUCAUGGCGAUGUUUGAGCAGAUGAGAGCGAACGUGGGCAAGUUGCUCAAGGGUAUCGACAGGUACAAUCCUGAGAAUCUGGCCACCUUGGAGCGCUAUGUGGAGACACAGGCCAAGGAGAAUGCUUAUGAUCUGGAAGCCAACCUGGCUGUCCUGAAGUUGUACCAGUUCAACCCAGCCUUCUUUCAGACCACAGUCACUGCCCAGAUCCUGCUGAAGGCCCUCACCAACCUGCCCCACACCGACUUCACCUUGUGCAAGUGCAUGAUCGACCAGGCGCACCAAGAGGAACGGCCUAUCCGCCAGAUUUUGUACCUUGGGGACCUGCUGGAGACCUGCCACUUCCAGGCCUUCUGGCAAGCCCUGGAUGAGAACAUGGACCUUCUGGAAGGCAUCACUGGCUUUGAAGACUCGGUCCGGAAGUUUAUCUGCCACGUAGUGGGCAUCACAUACCAGCACAUUGACCGCUGGCUGCUGGCCGAGAUGCUUGGGGACCUGACAGACAACCAGCUGAAGGUGUGGAUGAGCAAGUACGGCUGGAGCGCUGACGACUCGGGGCAGAUCUUCAUCUGUAGCCAGGAGGAGAGCAUCAAGCCCAAGAACAUCGUGGAGAAGAUCGACUUCGACAGUGUGUCCAGCAUCAUGGCCUCAUCCCAGUAACUGCAAGUGUCCAAUAAAGAUUUGUAGAUGGA